AUGGUCUUCUUUACUCUCUCAAAUCUAAUUCUUACCUUCCUUGCCGCUCAGCUGCUUCAACUCCUAUACAUAGUCGUACAUCGUACUAUUCUCUCACCAUUAGCCAAGAUCCCCGGCCCAAGACUCGCGGCGCUAACAAGUUGGUAUGAGUGCUACUACGAUGUCUUUAGGCCCGGUCAGUACGUUUUCAAGAUCAAGCAGCUGCAUGAGGAGUACGGCCCUAUUAUUCGUAUCACUCCCCGCGAAGUCUCCGUCUCCGAUCUGGCCUUUCUGGAUACCAUAUAUGCACCUGGAGCUCAUUCCAAACGCAACAAAGACUUGGAGAAAGUUAAAGCACUGGGUAUCAAUACUUCGACUGGUGGAGCUAUUGAGCAUGACCUCCAUCGUAAGAGACGAGAUUCGCUCAAUCCCUUCUUCUCAACGAAAAGCGUGAUGAAGCUAGCCCCCCAAAUCCAAGCAAAGACUGCCCAACUCGAGGAUAUAUUUGCUACUAGUCUGGCGCAAGACAAAAUUGUGAAUUUAUCAGACUUCUACUUUGCCUUUGCAAGCGACGUUGUUUCUCAGUACUGCUUCAGUCGCAACCAGAAUAUCCUUGCCCGCCCACAACAGGCAGCAGUCAUGCGAAAGAAUGUAGUAACUGUGUUGAGAGGUGUUAAGUUUAACCUCCACUUUGCUUGGGUGCGAAGUUUGAUCCGCAUGCUUCCGGCUUCUCUAUCAGGGCGUUGGGUGCCUCAAGGUAUCAAAGACAUGUUAAAGUUCAGAAUGCAAAUUCGUCGAGAAAUUCAACAGAUACUCGAAAAGAAGGACACGGAUACUCACGAGUUUCCCCAUUCUAUAUUCUACGAACUCAGAGAAAGCCCAGCACUUCCAGCCUCGGAGAAAACCGUCCAAAGAUUUGAAGAUGAAGCAACAUUGCUUGUCAUGGCAGGUCUGCUGCCCAACCAGCGCUCAAACUCAAAAAGUCGUAAGGACUGA